AAGGAGCAAAACCGCUCGAGGGGAAGAUCACCAAGGGGAAUCUCGCCUAAGAGGAGCGAGCAGAGGAGAGCGUCUCCUCGAGGGAGGAGUGGAGAUGCGAAAAGGGAAAAGAGAGAUGAAUGGCAGAGGAGGCCUAUGGUGUUCGAGAGGCAGAGGUACCACAACUUUACUCCCUUGAGGAAAGAUAUGACAGAAGUGCUCGAGGCUAUGGAGCGGAAGAUGUCGACUGAGGACGUGACUUGGCCAAAAACAAGGUUCACCGGCCCGCAUCGACCCCGGUCGGAGUUGUAUUGUCGAUUUCACAAGGAUUAUGGCCACACCACGGAGAACUGCAGGCAUUUGAAAGAUGAGAUCGAGAGGUUGAUUCGGGCAGGAUAUCUGAAGGAGUUUGUCUAUCACGACAGGGUGAGAGGAAAGGGCAGGAGGAGAUGUAGAGAGGAUUCCGUGGAGAGGAGUGACAGAGAUGAAGAAGGAGAUGGAGGGGAUGGUCGAGGAAAAAGGUCGAGAAAGGAGGGAGAUAGAGAGGGACAAGGAGGAGGGGCCCCACUGAAGAGAGGAACAAUUUACAUGAUUUCUGGGGGGCCGACAGAUGGUGACUCGAACAGAUCGAGGAAGGAGCAUGCGCGAGCAGUGAAGAGAAAGAGAGAGGAGGUGGGGAUUACAACGCGCAUGCCAGUAAUAAGUUUUAAGGCGGAGGAUGCUGAGGGGGUAGUCUUACCCCAUAAUGACGCUCUGGUGAUAACCGCGGAGGUUGCGGGCUUUGAUGUAAAAAGGGUGUUCAUUGAUACUGGGAGUUCGGUGGAUGUCAUGUUCUAUGAUUGUUUCGUGCAGAUUAACAAGGAGCUGAAUACGGAGCUGAAGCCGGUAGCCACGGCGCUUUAUGGCUUUAAUGGAGGAGAAGUUAUGCCGAUGGGGGAGGUCAGUUUGCCCGUGGCGCUGGGAUCAGGGGAGCUGAGGAAGGUGCGCAUGGUGAGGUUCGUCGUUGUAGGGGCUGAGUCGUCCUAUAACAUCAUUAUGGGGCGGACGAGCCUGAAUGCAUUCCAGGCGGUCGUAUCCACGUACCACAUGACGAUCAAAUAUCCAGUGGGCGAAAACGUAGGGGAGAUUGCCGGGGAUCAGCUCACUUCGAGAAGCUGCUACCAAACAACAGUCAGCAAUAACAAGCAAUUAGCAAGGAGACAGGCCGAGUCGAAGGGAAAAGAAAUCAAUCGACCAGGAGGAUCAAGGUCGAAGGAGGAGAAGCAAAAAGUGGAGAAAGGUAAGGAGAAGGUAGACAUUCAGCCUGGAGGGGAGGUUGAAGAAAUUCAGAUGAUCGAGGGAUGCGAGAGUAGAAAGUUCAGAAUCGGGAAGGAUCUGGAGGAACCCAUUCGGUCGAGGAUAAUCAAUUUGGUGAGGGAGUUCGCUGAUAUUUUUGCCUAUACAGCAGAAGAGUUAACGGGAAUAAGUGCCGAGGUGAUCGAACAUCGACUAAAUAUCGACCUCAGUGUGAGGCCGGUGAAGCAGAAAAGGAGGCACCAUGGGGGGGAGAUGGACAAGAUUAUCGAGCAGGAGGUCGAGAAAUUGUUGGGAGCGGGGCAUAUUAAGGAAAUUCAAUUCCCUGAGUGGCUGUCGAACACGGUGAUGGUGUCGAAGUCGGAAGGAAAAUGGAGGAUGUGCAUUGAUUUUCGUGACCUGAAUAAGGCGUGCCCGAAGGACCUAUAUCCGCUGCCCAGAAUCGACCAGCUGGUCGACUCAACGGCA